AUGCGUAAACGUCGCCUCUCUCGAACAAUCAAUCUCUUAACUGGACAAACGGACGCACCUUCGGACUUAGUUGCCUCCAAGGACACUCCGGUUGACGCAAGAUUCCUCCCUCCAAUUUCCCAUUGGCAUCCAAACCUUACGGUUAACCUCAUUGAUGACCAUACGCCCUGGAUUCGUGAAUCCGUUCCUUCCCCCAUCAAUGAAUAUAUUAAGUGGUAUGAACCGACGAACCAGUACUAUCCUGCUGUGUACAUAAACGAUUUUUGGAAUCUCAAUGAAGAGUAUAUGCCAGUGAAUAAAACUACACCAGAGCUCACCUUCCGUCUCACUGUUGCGCCGUUGUCACUUUUCAAGUGGCAACUCUACCUCUCACAAAGCAUGCGCAAAUCUUGGUUCCCGGAUCUACUCGGCCAAACUGAGGAUGACAAGUUCAACGAAGACGAAGAUCAGGACACUAUGAAAAAAACCUUUUUGGAGACAAAUCCGUACCUUCUUGGACUCACCGUUGUGGUGUCUAUUAUUCAUUCUGUCUUUGAGAUGCUUGCUUUUAAAAAUGGUAAGAGUUUACUGUAUUGA